AUGGACCAUUCCCGCACCCUCCAGACGCAAAUCUAUGGUCCCGUCGCAACACUGUGCGACGCAUUGAAUCUGCCCCUCCUGCCGACCUACCUGCCGGGAAUCGUGGUGACCUUCUCGGCAUACCACUUGAUUUACACGUCCGUGGGGCCAUGGCUGUCGACCGUUUUGUUCCCGAAGUCCUACCCGGCUCUUCGGGGCAGGCAGAAACUCCACUGGGACGAGAACGCCGUGUCGUUCGUGCAGGCGAUCGUGCUCUGCGUGGCGGCCGGCCAGGUCGUCUUGUUCGACCGCGAGAGACAGCGCAUGACCUGGCAGGAGCGCGUGUGGGCGUACACGGAGCCGACGGCCGUGGUGCUCACCAUCGGCAACGGCUACUUCUACUGGCACUUGAUGAUGAUGGUGCGGUACAGGCGAGUGUUUGGGUGGGCCAUGGUCGCGCACGCGCUGGCCGUGUCGUUCCUGAUGACGAAUGGAUAUCGCCCUGCAUUCAUGACGUAUUCGCCGGCGUCGUUCCUGUACGAGUUCUCGACCAUCUUUCUGGACAUCCAGUCGGUGCUGCGGGCGUUGCAGAUGGAGGGCACGACCCUGCAGAUCGUCAACGGGGUGGCCUUCUUUGUCUCGUUCUUCCUGUCACGCAUCCUGUUUGGGAAUUACCUCCAGGCGUGGUUCUACCUCGACAUCUGGCGCGCCUAUGUCGUCGACGAGGCCGACAUUCCCGUGGGGCAUGAUCGCGUCCCGACGUGGUUGCUGGCCGGGCACGCUCUCUCGUCCGUCGUGUUACAGGUGCUGAAUCAUAUGUGGUUCUACAAGAUUGGAAGGACGGUGUAUCGGAAGUUGUUUGCAGAGAAGGUGGCCAAGACGUGA